AUGGCUGCACAGGUUCUUAAGGCCCAUGGUCUCGAGUUUGCAAGCCGGACGAACAACGAGUUCUUCCGGAUCGUCAGUCACGCUUGGAACGAUCUCAUCUUGGCGCCCGUCGGUGAUAAGUGGAAGAUUAUGAGGAGAAUUUGCAGCACACACCUGUUUAACAACAGUAUGCUCAAGGCAAGCUCAGGAUUCCGGGAGUCGGAGAUGAAGCAUACAGUCAAGUCCAUUAUUCAGCAGUCCGGGGCAACGAUCAAGCUGCAAGAGCACUCGACCCCUGGAUCUUUAUGGAGUCUACAAGAAACGCAACUCAGAGCUCAUGCCUCGCCUGAAGCUCUUGCUGGAAGAUCAAUCGACAAGCAUCGACGCAGGAAAGAUCAAGCUGGGGAAGGGUUCGUCCCUCGAGACUUCACUGACGUUCUUAUAUCUCUCGAGGACAAGGAUAAGUUGCCAGACAUCUCCAUUUUGGCACUGCUCUCGGUAGCUUCUAGAUCAUGGUCGUGA